CGCCGCCGCCGCCGCCGCCGCCCCUGGUGCGAUGGCGCAGAAACCCCGUUGACAAGGCACUGCUUUUUCAUGACGAGCAAAGGAGAAUGAAGAAAACCAAAGACACAAGGAAAAUAUUAGCCCUAAGAACUAAAGGACUACGUGAACCAAAGACUCCACCAGCCUGAGACGAGAACUAGAUGGUGCCCUGCUACCACCAAUAACCGCUCUGACAGAGAUAACAAGAGUCCUGUACAGAAUGGGAGAAAAACGCAGAUCAAAAUUCAUAUUCGCAAAAAAAAGACCAGAAUUGCUGGUCUGACAGAGACUGGAGGAACCCCCGAGACUGUGACCCCCAGACACUGCUAACUCAGUACUGAAACUAUUCCCAAAGCCUACUUUUCAAAGAUUAGAAGGCCUAUAAAGCAAAAAAUAACACAUGCGAGGAGUUCAAUCACAUACAUGAGACCAAAUGGGCAACUCCUGCACAAAAGCAAGACAGGAAUGCAGGAAAGGAAUAACUAUAGGGAUACAAAAUAUCCAUCAUUCGAUAGUAUAAAAUUAACAAUAUCUGGUAUCCAGUAGGAAACCCUGGUGGCAUAGUGGUUAAGUGCUACAGCUGCUAACCAAAGGGUUGGCAGUUCGUAUCCGCCAGGUGCUCCUUGGAAACUCUGUGGGGCAGUUCUACUCUGUCCUAUAGGGUCGCUAUGAGUUGAAAUCGACUCGAUGGCACUGGGUUUGGUUUGGCAUCCAGUAAAAAAAUUACCAGGCAUACAAAGAAGCAGGAAUAUAUUACCCAUAAUGAGGAGGAAAAAAAGCAAUAAAUAGAAACAUUAAAAACUUAUCACCAUUUUGCAUAAGUUCAAAAGAUUGAGUGUACUAGAGACAUGAAAGCUAUAAAAGAGAAGAAAACUACAAUGUCUGAAAGAUGCACUGGAUAAGAAAAACAGCAGAUCGGACGCUGUAGAAUAAAAGAUUAGUGGGUUUAAAGAUAUAGCAGUAGAAGUUUUCCUAAAUGAAACCCAGAUAGAUAAAAGGACUGAAAAAAAUAGUGUCAGUGAGCUGUAGGACAAUUUUAGGCAGCCUAAUAUGUGGAAACUCUGGUAGCGUAGUGGUUAAGUGCUAUGGCUGCUAACCAAAGGUUCAGCGGUUCAUAUCCGCCAGGCGCUCCUUGGAAACUCUAUGGGGCAGUUCUACUCUGUCCUGUAGGGUCUCUAUGAAUCAGAAUCGACUCAACGGCACUGGGUUUGGUUUUUUUUUUAAUCACGUACGUUUAAUUGGAGUCCCUGAAGGAGAAGGGGAGACAGGAAAAUAUUUGAAGAAGUAGUGGCUGAAAAUACUCUAAAUUUGAGGAAAACUGUAAACCUACAGAGGUCCCUAGGUGGUGCAAAUGGUUUGCACUCAUCUGCUAACCUAAAGGUUGGCAGUUCAGAUCUACCCAGUGGUACCUUGAAAGAAAGGCCUGGCAAUCUACUUCUGUAAAGAUUACAGCCAAGAAAACCCUAUGGGGCAGUUCUGCUCUGUAACACAUGGGGUCACCAUAAGUCAGAAUUGACUCAAUGGCAACCAGUUUGGUUUUGGUAUAAACCUCCAGAUCUAGAAGCUUAAUGAACCCCAAGCAUAAGAUGCGUAAAGAAAACUACCCCAAGGCAUAUCAUAAUAAAAUUGCUUAAAAUCAGUGGUGAAGAGAAAAAUCUUUCGAACAGCCAGAGGAAGAAAAGAUAUUAUGGACAGAGGAACAAAGAUAAGAAUGACAGCAGACUUCUCACUGGAAAUAAUGCAAGCAAGAAACCAUGUAGCAAUAUCUUUAAAGCACUGAAAGAGAAUUUAAAAAAAGGGUAAUCUAGAAUGACAUGCCCAGCAAAAAUAUGUUUCAAAAAUGAAGGCAAAAUCAAUACUUUUUUCAGAUAUACAAUAGCUGAAAGAAUUCAUCACCAUCAGACCUCCACUGCAAGAAAUAUUAAAGAAAAUCCUUCAGGAAGAAGGAGAAUGAUACCAGAUGGAAAUCCAGAUCUACUUGAAGAAAUGGAAAUAUAUAUAUAUAUGUAUGUAUAUAUACACAUAUAUAGUCAUUGAGUUGAUUCUGACUCAUAACAACUCUAAAGGACAGAGUAGGGUUUCCAAGGAGUGGCUGGUAGGUUCCAACUGUUGACCUUUUGGUUAGCAGCUGAGUGCUUAACCACUGCACCACCAGCGCAACUCCAAAGGAAUGAAGAACCCUGGAAAUGGGAAAUAUGUGGGUAAAAAUAAAAGCAACUACAGCUCAUCUUCCCAGACGGACGAACCAUGAUUCUGGAGACUGCAACCAUUCUAUAGUUCAUGACUGCCUGAAUACGGUUCCUCAGUGGUCCCUCUGCUAACUCCAGCACUUUUUAGAGUUGUCAUGGAUGAUGAUGAUGACUCGUGUCUCCUUGAUCUUAUUGGAGACCCACAAGCACUGAACUAUUUUCUUCAUGGACCUAGUAAUAAAUCUAGCAACGAUGACUUGACGAAUACAGGAUAUUCUGCAGCCAACUCAAAUUCCAUUUUCGCCAGCUCUAGUAAUGCUGAUCCUAAGUCAUCCCUCAAAGGUGUAAGCAACCAGCUUGGAGAAGGGCCCAGUGAUGGACUGCCACUUUCAAGUAGCCUUCAGUUUCUUGAAGAUGAACUUGAGUCUUCUCCUCUUCCUGAUCUCACUGAGGACCAACCUUUCGACAUUCUUCAGAAAUCCUUGCAGGAAGCCAAUAUCACUGAACAGACAUUGGCAGAAGAGGCAUAUUUGGAUGCCAGUAUAGGUUCCAGCCAACAGUUUGCACAAGCUCAGCUUCAUCCUUCUUCAUCAGCAUCCUUUACUCAGGCUUCUAAUGUUUCUAAUUACUCAGGUCAGACGCUGCAACCUAUAGGAGUGACUCACGUGCCUGUUGGAGCAUCGUUUGCAAGCAAUACAGUGGGUGUGCAACAUGGCUUUAUGCAACACGUGGGCAUCAGUGUUCCCAGCCAGCACUUGUCUAAUAGCAGUCAGAUUAGUGGUUCUGGUCAAAUACAGUUAAUUGGGUCAUUUGGUAAUCAGCCUUCCAUGAUGACUAUUAAUAACCUAGAUGGAUCUCAAAUCAUAUUAAAGGGCAGUGGGCAGCAAGCCCCAUCAAAUGUGAGUGGAGGGCUGCUGGUUCACAGACAGACUCCUAAUGGCAAUUCCUUGUUUGGAAACUCCAGUUCCAGUCCGGUAGCACAGCCUGUUACUGUUCCAUUUAACAGCACAAAUUUUCAAACGUCUUUACCUGUGCAUAACAUCAUCAUACAAAGGGGUCUUGCACCAAAUUCAAAUAAAGUCCCAAUUAAUAUCCAGCCAAAGCCUAUCCAGAUGGGUCAGCAAAAUACAUACAAUGUGAACAAUUUGGGAAUACAGCAGCACCAUGUACAACAAGGGAUCUCUUUUGCUUCUGCAAGCUCACCCCAGGGCUCAGUAGUUGGUCCACACAUGUCUGUGAACAUUGUAAAUCAACAGAACGCAAGAAAACCAGUCACCUCACAGGCAGUGAGCAGUGCUGGGGGUAGUAUCGUUAUUCAUUCUCCCAUGGGCCAGCCUCAUGCACCCCAGAGUCAGUUCCUCAUACCUACAAGCCUUUCUGUCAGUUCCAACUCGGUACACCAUGUCCAGACCAUAAAUGGGCAACUUCUUCAGACUCAACCAUCUCAGCUCCUUUCUGGCCAAGUGGCCUCAGAGCAUGUCAUGUUGAACAGAAACUCUUCCAACAUGCUCAGGACCAACCAACCAUAUUCUGGACAAAUGCUUAACAACCAGAAUCCCGCCGUCCAGUUAGUGUCUGGACAGACGUUUGCCGCGUCUGGAAGCCCAGUGAUAGUCAAUCAUGCUUCUCCUCAGAUAGUUGGUGGACAGAUGCCCUUGCAGCAGGCAUCACCAACUGUAUUACACCUGUCGCCGGGGCAGAGCAGUGUCUCCCAAGGAAGACCUGGCUUCACCACCAUGCCCUCAGUGACGAGCAUGGCAGGACCUAGUCGGUUCCCUGUUGUCAGCUCAUCCAGCACUGUCCAUCCCAAUGUUGGCUCUGCAGUUCAGUCUGGUGCAUCAGGAUCAAACUUUACCGGAGAUCAGUUAACCCAGCCAAACAGGACUCCAGCACCGGCCAGUGUAUCUCAUCGUCUUCCAGUUUGUUCUUCCAAAUCUACCAGCACCUUCAGUAACACACCUGGAGCAGGAACCCAGCAACAGUUCUUCUGUCAGGCUCAGAAAAAAAGUUUGAACCAGACCUCCCCCAUCUCAGCUUCCAAGACCACAGAUGGCCUGAGGCCAGCCCAGAUCCCGGGCCUCCUGAGCACUGCACUGCCAGGGCAGGAUUCUGGAAGCAAAGGUAUCCCGGCGUCCUUAGGAGUCACACAGGCGCAGCAGGAAAAAGUAGUGGGAUCGUCUCCUGUCCAGCCAACUGUGCAGGUGGACAGUCAUACGGGAGGACAAAAAAGGCCUGCUGCGAAACAGCUGACUAAAGGAGCUUUCAUUCUCCAGCAGUUACAGAGGGACCAAGCCCACGCUGUGACCCCCGAUAAGAGUCAGUUCCGAUCACUAAGUGACGCAGUGCAGAGGCUGCUCUCCUACCACGUGUGCCAGGGCUCCAUGCCCACCGAGGAGGACUUGAGGAAAGUGGACAAUGAAUUUGAAACAGUUGCCACUCAGCUCCUAAAAAGAACUCAAGCUAUGCUUAACAAAUACAGAUGUCUACUCCUAGAAGAUGCCAUGCGGAUUGAUCCCUCUGCUGAGAUGGUGAUGAUUGAUAGGAUGUUCAACCAGGAAGAAAGGGCCUCUCUGUCCCGGGACAAGCGUCUGGCACUUGUAGACCCUGAUGGCUUUCAGGCUGAUUUCUGUUGUUCCUUCAAACUUGAUAAAGCUACUCAUGAGACGCAACGUGGUAGGAGUGACCAGCAUGGCUGUAAAACCAGCUCCUUACAUCUGACAGCCAAGGCCCAGAGCAGAGACCGAGCCAAACCAGGCAUGGCAGAACCCACGAAUCAUGACCAGUUUCAUCUAGUGCCUAAUCACAUCGUGGUCUCCGCAGAAGGAAACAUUUCUAAAAAAACUGAAUGCCUCGGCAGAGCACUGAAAUUUGACAAAGCGGGCUUAGUCCAAUACCGGAGUGCGUCUGAAGAGAAAACCAGCCGGAGAGACUCCCUGAAGGCCAGUGAGUGCUCUCCCGGCCCCGAAGGGCACCGGAAAACCUCAUCCAGACCAGAUCGUAGUUCUGAGAGCAAGCUCUCAAGUAUCCUAGUAGAUUCGCACUUGGAGAUGACGUGUAACAAUUCCUUCCAAGACAAAACUCUGAGGAAUUCUCCAAAGAAUGAAGUUUUACACACAGACAUCAUGAAAGGGUCAGGCGAGCCCCAGCCAGACCUCCAGCUCAGUAAGAGUCUAGAAACAACAUUUAAGAACAUCUUGGAACUCAAAAAGGCCGGGAGGCAGCCCCAAAGUGACCCCGCGGUUAGCAGCUCUGUUGAAUUAGAUUUUCCCAACUUUUCACCAAUGGCUUUGCAGGAAAACUGCCUGGAAAAGUUCAUCCCGGACCACAGCGAAGGCGUUGUAGAAACUGACUCCAUUUUAGAAGCAGCUGUAAAUAGUAUCCUAGAGUGUUAAUAGCAGCAGUCCUUCCCCGGCCCACCCCGCAGACCCCCGCCCUGGACAAGUUACAUUCUCUCCUGGCAAAAGCAAAUGGAAAUGGUCUCCUGUCUCCAGCCUGCUUGGUCUUUCAUCACAAAUUAUUCUUUCUAAUCUCAAUCCUGUUCUUUGUUUAAGAGCAAUACUCGUCGUGGUUACAGGGAGAUCCUUAGGAAAAGUAAUCCUUGUUAGGAAGCAGUCUGAUAGGCCCUACACAUUUCAAGUGUUAUGAAAAGUGCUUAGAGUCAUUUGUUUUUGUUUGUUUGCUUGCUUUAUUAUUUUUUUAAAAAACACUGUAACUCAAUGAGAUCACAGUAUACUUGGCCCUGGGUAAAAUUCUGACAAUCAGAGUCAUUUGAAAAGAACAGACUUAUUAAAGAGAAUCAAACAGGACUGAUAGAAGCUACUUUUUAAAGUAUAUCCCACUGUAUCUCCAAUUUUUGGUGGUUUUUUGGUAGGGGGGUGUUUUUCGGUUGCAGGGGAGACUUAUCUUGGCCUUCCCCACACAGCCCUGUGUGAGCAGGAAGUUGGUGGCUGAUUUGCCGGGGACCCUGCAGCCCUGACGGAAAAAGCUAGCAGUGUACCAGUAGGGCGUUUGCAGGGCUUCCUUGCUCAUCAUUCAAGUGCUUUUCUGAUGCUCCUGGAGCAAAACCUCACGCUUCUGAGCGUAUCCAUGGUGCGGUCCAUUUAGGGAAUGCUCUGUUCUUAGUUGCAACAGCAUUUCUUGAAAUAAUUUUGCUGGGCUAAAUAAAGGAAAGUGGAAACCAGUACAUGGCACAGUGUACAGGGGGGCUGGGGUAGAGCCCAGAGGGCUUUCAUGUGUAUAUAUGCAAAAGCAUAUAUAUGUGAACUGUUAAGGAGAAAAAAAAACAAAGAGUUUUGCAUUUUUUAAUUCGCUCUAAUCAACAGAUGCUGUGGUGUGUUGUUUGUUGCUGGGUUUUGUUUCGUUGUUUUGUUGUUUUGUGUCUCUUCCCUCCCUCUCCCACAACAAUAGCCAAGCAUCAAAAGCACUUCCAUUUGAAAACAGCCUUGUAAUUUUUUUAGUUUAAACUUCAAGGGGACUUUGGCCUUGUUUUAUUCUUCUUGCUGUCCGAGAACAGUAGUUACCCUGGCAGCAACCAAAACACAGACAAACCAAAGGUCACCAGCCAGCCCACCACUGCAAGGAAAGAUCUGAGACCCGGGGAGUCCCCCAUGGAGCCAAAGGAUACACCCUGUCACGGUUUGUGUUUGGCCCAUGCUCAUAUUGGUGAGAACGACCUACUGCUUUAUUUAUUUAUAUUUCCUUUCAGGGAGCUUUCCCCUUUUUCCUUCUUAUAUACCUGCCCCAGGUCAUUCUCUUUCUGUUGGUACUUUCAUUCUCAGUGUCAUUGUAACCAUUAGUUAUCUGCUGUCAUUGGGUUAUCAACAUAAUGGUAUUUUAUAUGCAUACUUACAUGCGUGUGUGUAUAUGAGUGAGCUGUUCACAUCCAGAGGUCAUUUUGGUUACAGCGUGUGCACACUCACUCUCACUGUUGUGUGUGCACGCCCUCUCAUUUAUACUGUUUAUCUCUCUGGCUUUAGAGGCGCACCCACUAGACUCCACUCUAACGUGUUACCAGGAUCUACUUCUGGCUAUCUCCAGGAUGGGGAUGACCCCCUUUGUCAACAUGUUGGCCAUUUCUUUUCCAGCCCAGCCUGCGAUGGAAAGGAAGCCUUCUGAUUAUUAAAAACGGCAACAGAAGACCUACACUGUCCCUGCCACCCUGCCCCGCCACACACACACCUUGCAAGACAGCCUCUUCACAAAAGCAGGCCCUGCCACACACACACCCUGCUAGACAAGCAGGCCCCGCCACACACACACCCUGCAAGACAGCCAGCCUUCACAAAAGCAGGCCCCGCCACACACACACCCUGUGAGACAGCCAGUCUUCACAAAAGCAGGGUGCUUUCUCUCCUCCCUGGCCAAGAGAAACUGGAAAAACUGGGCCAUUUUAGGGUUACCAUUUUUUCCUUAUUUGUGCCAAUGUCCAAGUUGCAGAUUUCCCCCCUUUUCCCGUAUUGUAACAUAUUAGAAAGAUAAGUUGGUGUUCCAGUUGGAACCUUCUGUUGGGGCAGCCCUGGGGUAACACCCUGCCCUGACCCCCCAUGAUUUCAUAGGCUCUUCAUCUCUUAGGUCUCAUGCUUCCCUAAUUCCUAGCAAGACUUAAAGAUGGUCCCUCUUGAUCAAAUUCUCCUUAUUGUGGAACUUGAUGCCUGGAAGCCUUUACCAGGGCUGCUGAUGAGUUACAUUAAUUCCUUCGAAUCAGUGGAAUUCUCAAGAGACAAGCUUCAUGUACAUUGGUCACUCUCUCUCUUCCCCAUCCUGCCCUGCUACCCCCACCCUAGCUUUUCUAUAAACCAUCUUAAUGGGUUUUUAGCCCUAACCCUUGUCAAGCAAAUGGAGAGCCUAAUUUACCAAAAUGAAACUUGUAAAUUUUUGUGUCCUUGUAUGUAAGUUUACUUUUUAUGGAGGAAAGAUUCUAGAUAAUGACAAAUGAAGAUUUCAAAAUGUAUUUUACUCCUGUGAUUAGGUUAUGCGCACAUGGGUCAUAACUCGCAUGCCGAACCCUCUCCGGUGAAGGGUGAGAGUUCAGCCUGGGACGCCCAACAUUCAGUUGUUCAGGUUCAUUAGUCAAAGUUAAGUUUUAGGAUUACUUGUACUCAGUAACAAAAAAUCAUUUUCUUUUUUUUUUUUCUUUCUGUUGUUGUUGUGGAAACGUGUGAAUUAGUUAUGAAGCAUUUGAUUUCCUGUGUCCUUAAGUACUGCCUAAAGAUGAAGCAGAUUUUAAACUGGCAAUUACGACAAAGAAAUAUUUUAGCUCUGAAGAAUUUAGUAGACUUUGUUAGAUUAGGGAGGCCUUACAGACUGACUUGACUUAAAAGAGGACGCGUCACUCACUGUCAGUGUGGUGUGGGCUUUAUUUGCUUAAAUACCUUCAUUUGUAUAGUAUGUCUCACUUGAAAUUGCUUUGUAUACAUUUUGUAAAAAUAUUUAUAAAAUGUUUUGUAAAAAAAAGUAUAACAAAUUGCAGUUUAUUUUGUUAUGUUGGAUAAAUACUGUUAAAAGAAACCAGUCAGUAACUAUAUUGUUAAUCCAUGGUUAGGAAAUGUUUAGUUGGAGAUUACAAAAUGAAACAACCAUUGCAAUACAGCCAAAGAUUUGGGAAAAUGUGCAACUGUGAUUGUCUUGAUUUUGCAAAUAAGAAUGGCUGCUUUUCCCAGAAGAAAAGGCUAGGUGUUCAGUAGGAAUUCUGUUGAAACAAAUUUUAUCAAAUAAUCAAAAAUUAGCCUAACCAGUGAAGAGGGAGAAUUUUCGUUGAUUUGUCCUUUCCAAACAGUUACUAAUUAAAGUUGGUCAGUGAGGAAGUUUAGUCAUGGACGUCGCUAGCCCCCCACUCCUCCUGUCACAUGGGACACACUUAGCAACGAAAAGGAAAUGAGCCUCAGUCUCCAGGAAAUUCUCUUUAAUAGUUAAAUUUAUUUUGUUUCUGCUGGACUAAGGAGAUAGUUAAAGAAGACUGCUUUAAAAACCACAGACUGCUUUACAUAAGAUUUAUUCUGAAAUUAGCAUGCUUCUCUUUAGGUUCACGCAUUUGACCAAACUAUAUUAACACUUUUGUAACCUUUUCUGUAAAAUAGCACCCUGAACCCCUUCUGAAUUCCUGCCCCCCGAGUGUGAUCCUACCCAAAUUGUUAGGGAAACUGCCAGAGGGUGAAAUGUCUGUCUGGGAGGUAAGGGUAGGGUAUAAAACUCCUUAACAGAUUUUUCUUUGGGGUCUAGAAUUUAUACUUAGACUCCUUACUUUAUGGUUUAAUUUUCCCCCCUCCCCCCUUAAAGUAGUAAACCAAACCCGACCCAUUGCCUUCAAGUCAAUUCUGACUCAUAACAACCCUAUAGGUCAGAGUAGAACUGUCUCAGGAUUUAUGGAAGAAGACUGCUGUAUCUUUCUACUGUGCAGCGGCUGGUGGGCUCUAACUACUGACCUUUCAUUUAGCAGCUGAGCGCUUAACCACUGUGCCACCAAGGCUCCUUAAAGCAGUAGCAGACAGGAUAUCAAAAUUCUGCAGUAAUCGUUAUAUAAAUAGGAAGUGGUUUUCACAUAACUAACAGAAUAAUUAUUGCUAAAAUAAUUACAUCAGUGGAUGGAUCCCUUAACAUCAUUUGCAGUGUUGCUUUGCUAAGGAUAAAUGUGUGUCCAGCGUGACAUUCACGCCUCUCUUCAAGCCAUUUGUGAUGGGAGUGCCCGGAAGGAAGAGGUAGAAGGGAGGAUCAUUUGGCCGCUUGGUUAGGAUCAGGGUCUCUGUGUUCUCCAGAGGCAUGCCAAGAGGAAAGGCCAGGUAUCUUAGGAUGGUUAAAGCCCCUCAGCCCUGUGUAUGGGAAGCCAUAUUCCAGGAAAAGAGACACUAGUAUUCUCUGAUGUAGAGAAGGUAGCCAGUGGAUUGUUGGGGGGUUGGGGGGAAGGGAAGGGAAAAGUGAGAAAUCUCUAUGGCGCUAAAACAGCAUUGCUCAGGUAGGCUGUAGCUGUGCUGUCCUCAAACAGCAAGGCUCUGGGCCUGGGCCUGGGUCUGGCCCUGCUUCAGCCCUGCCUGUACUCUCCAGGACAGUUAGGACCCCUGGGGUAUCCAGCUGGACAUGGUGGGCAUUAACCACUAAACAGUUUACUGCGUGACAGGCACUGUGCUAAGCAUUAGGAAUAUACAGAUCAGAUAAAUUGGGCAUAAUUUCUGCUCUUAAGGAGCUCAUAUUAUAGAGGGAGAAAGAGGUAUAUAAAUAAUUACAUUUGGGAACUGGAGUUGAGGAGACAUGAAACCAGGGUGCUAAAAUUCUGAACUGCCACCCGGUAGAGAGCUGCAAUCUAUUUCCAUGUCCUGGUUCUUAAUAUCAUUUCCUGAGUUACAUUUGAGGGAUGCUUAGGAUAAGAAAGAAAAAAGUAUUACACUUUCUGCACAAAGGAAGAUAAAGGAUUUUUUGUGAUUAUAGUGUUAAAUAAGGAGCCCUGGUGGUGCAGUGAUUAAUGCACUCAGCUGUUAACUGGAAGGUCAGCAGUUUGAACUCAGCAGUUGCUCUGAGGGAGAAAGAUGCGGCAGUCUGCUUCCAUAAAGAUUUACAGCCUUGGAAACCCUAUGGGGCAGUUCUACUCUGUCCCACACGGUCACUAUGAAUCGGCAUGGACUUGAUGGCAAUGGGUUUGGUUUUUAUGAGUUUAUGGUGUUAAAUGUGUGGAGAAGUCUUGUUCCGUAUGUGUAAAAAUGGUAGGAACACGUUGGUAGUAUGAAAUGGAUGCUACAGUAUAAGUAGCCUGUGUCUACACUGCUGCAGGUAAAAGGUCUUUUAUAAGGAACCCUAACUGGUAUUUCUCUAGGGCAUGUGCUGGAGUCUGGCCUUUGAAAGACUUGCAAAGGUAAGAAGAUCCUUAGGAAAAAAUCACUUCUAAGAAGGUCAAUGAAAGCAGUACAACUGGUUGGCAGGGAAGUGCCUUUGGCUGCAGAAUCUGGAAACGAGUUUCAAUACCUCUUUUAAUACAUUAUCAGAUAUAUUCCUGCAAGUUACUCUUAGCCUCAGCUUUCUUGCCUAUAAACUAAGAAGGCUUGUCCUAGCCCUCCACUUCUUAGAGUGAAAAUGAGGUGUUACGGAAGAAGUAUGAAAAAUAAAAAAAGCUACUGUUCCAUGAUCCCUGAAAUUCAGAAAAGCUUUGGGUCUUUCUGUUCUGCUUUUGGUCUGGCCUGCUGCACAGUCUACUUUCUAAGAAAGAGGCUGAUGCCCUUCUCCUCUUCCCCCCCCCCCCCUUUUCCUUCCC